AUCUUUGUAUAAACAUACUGGUGAUUGUUUUGCCUCUACACAAGCAUGGCUUCUUCCAACACAACAGAGGCCGAGCAGGCCGUCAAGACCGCCGGCAAGGCCGAGCUACCGGCAGCAGCACCAGAUCUGCUCAAGGCGGCAGACCUUGGCCUGCGGCUGCUGCUGUUCGUAGCGACCCUGGUGCCGCUGGUGGUGACGGUGACGAGCAAGCAAACGAAGUACAUAUACACCUUCAAGACGGUUGCCAAGUUCAACUACUCCUCUGCUCUUAUAUACUUCGUGGUGGCCUGCUCGGUAACUUGCUUAUAUAGUGUGCUCACUUUGAUCCUCUCUGCUUCCUCCAUGACCAAACCAUAUCAACCUACAAAGUUGCUCCUCUUCUUCGCCGCCAUGGAUGCACUCAUGGGUGGAAUCAUGGCCUCAGCUACUGGAGCAGUGGCAUCCAUUGCCUACAUUGCUUUGAGGGGCAACUCCCACGUUCUCUGGAUGAAAGUAUGCAAUCAAUUCGACAAGUUCUGCACUAGCAUCGGCAGUUCAGUCAGCAUCUCUCUGAUCGCUGCUAUCAUUCUGGUCUUGCUGGUGCUGCUAUCUACCUAUUCACUGUAUCUGAGAAGCCACAACUUCUCUUAGUUACAUCGACUCCUUGCAUCAGCCAUCUCUAAUUAUGCAUUAGUUAACAGUUAAUUAGCUAUUACUGUGCAAAACUCAAGAACUUAUUUGUAGUUUGUGAUGUCUACUGCUUGCUUCAAA